AUGGACAACUUUAAAACAAUCGUCUCCUCCAAAACUCCUAGGCUUAGCAUUACGGGGAUAGAUUUCACUAUUUCAAGAGAUAGAGUUGUGAUUGGUAGUACUGGAACAUUAACACUGACAUGUGAUGUCACUGAAAACGAUGUUCAAACUAUUUACCUUAUUCAGAUACUGCGAGAAACUGUGUCAGGAUCAGGUAUUUUUGAAUCAGUUGUGGAAAUGGAAAACUCUGAAGGUCCUGUAUUAAAAGUAACAAACAACAAAGAUUUUGUUGCUGAAGGCACGUAUGAUGCCAGAAACACAUAUUUGUCAGUGAGCAUGAAUAUAAGUAAGUUGCAGUGCAACGACGCCAAGGCUUACAAAUGUGUAUUGAUAUAUAAAAGUACUACAGUUAGUACUCCAUUGGCAUUGGAAAAGAAUGGUACUUUUUCAGCCUAUGUGUACCCUGAAAUAAGGCAAUUAGACGGGAAGAGAAAUGGUUUUCCAGUGCAGGGAUUGUCAUCUGAUAAUCCAGCAGUAUUUGAUGUUGGUGCUGUUUUGGAACUUUCUUGCACUGCUAAUAUUGGAAGUAAACCAGAAACUAAAAUCAGAUGGCGAAAGACUCCUGAAAUGGGAACAAUGGAUGACUUUAUAGGGUAUCAACCAGAAGCAGGAACAACUGAUGAGGGCACUGCAAUAAGUGACAAUCAGUGUGGUUAUACCCGAGUAGCAACAAUUACAUACAACACCACAGUCAAUGGUGCAAACAGGGCAGAGGACAACAGGCUAGCAUUUGAGUGCUAUGUUUCUGUUAGUGGAAAUCCAUACGGAACAACAUAUAUAACACAAAACAAUCCUAGGUUUUAUGCUGAUGUCAGUGGCAGUGACCAGGCAAACAGAGGAUUGGAAUCCCAUCACGGUAUCUGUCCCGUCAUGAUCCGAAAAGUUUAUAAACAAACUCCUACACACUCGUAUACUGUGUAUACACUAUCUGGGGGUGCACCCAACAAACCUGAAAAACGGCAAGCAUUAUUUUUGAAAGCCUACAAUUCAGAUCUCAGAGCUUUCUUAAAGAACUUUUCUGCUCGCUACUUUCGCAAACUUGGUAUCAGUGGUUUUAUGUGA